GGCGGCCACUGCAGCACGGCCGGGAUGUCACUGAGCAGCGGCUCCAGUCUCCUCCCCCUCGGCUGCUCGGCUGGGGGAAGGGGACACAGGGCUCCCGGCAGGGACUAACCCGCCGCGGGGCUCCUGCCGGGAGCUGGCCGAGCCCCGGGGCUGCUGCCCGCCUGUGCCGGGGAGGCGAGAGCCGCGCAGCCCCCGAGCAGCGGGCACCGGCUGCGAGCCUCCUCCGAGCUGCUGAGGUGAAGCUCGGGCUCCAAACCCCGCAGAGAGGCAGGGACCUGCCUGGUGCUUCAGCAUCUCCGGGUGUCCUCGGUUGCUGGUGGCGAGCGGGCUGGAAGGACGGAGUGUCAGCAUCCCAACGGAUCGGCAGCUCUUGGAUCAACAUCCCAAGGAAUCAGCAUCCCAGCCGUGCCUGGUACCUCACGGAGAGAAAACUCCCGGUGUCUCCUCAAGGGAAGAUGUGCCCAAGCUGAUGGAUGAGGUAACUGCUGGCUUUGGACCUCUUAGCUACAGGAGAAGAGAAGAGACUCCUGGCUUUGCUGUAACUAUGGCAGAUACCUCAGAAGGGGUCAAGCCUCGUUGCUGGAUGCCAUUUCAUGCCUGAGGCCUCUAGACCUGCCUAGGACAGACCACAAAACUCUUGGAAGAGGCAGAGACAGGUCUCAAUGAAAAUACUGGUGACACCCAACUGAAAACAUGCCUGCUGUUACUCACCCCUGAAAACAGAGGAAGGAGCAUCCUCUGGACUUGGGAAGAGGCACCGUUGCUCAGUGGAGGCCUCCUCCUGCCUGCUGAGGAUCUGGGGAGGACAGGAGGCUUCUCACAGCUGCUGGGCUCUGCUCCAUGACUAACACAAAGGACCCGACGAGAGCUAUGGACUCCCCUCCGGUGCCCUCCAGCUCUGCGGCUGGCUCCGUCACCUUCUCGCAAGUUUUCGGGCAGCAGUGCCAGCUGAUGGAAGCAGCUGUGGAGUCACUGCAUUCCUUGAACGACCAGAUCUCCCAUUUUAUAGUCAACAAGUCCAAAGCUCUGGAUGAGGAGGAAGAGGCCUUUCUGCCCAGUGAGAAGGAAUCUCUGAAAGAUGCCAUGACGCUGAUGCGGCACCUCCUGAUGGAUGCACAGGCCAAAAUCCUGCACAUGAUGGACGACAACAAGCAGCUGGCGCUGCGCAUCGACGGGGCGCUGCAGGCGGCGGGCCAGGAGGUGACGGCGCUGCGGGCUGAGCUGGCCGCCACUGGUCGGCGACUGGCGGAACUGGGCAGCGAGCCGGCCAUGGAGCACGGCCCGCACAGCGCGCAAGCGCUGCUGCGGGAGGAGGUGGCCCAGCUGCAGGAGGAGGUCCACCUGCUGCGGCAGAUGAAGGAAAUGCUGACCAAGGACCUGGAGGAGACCCACGGCAGCAAGGCCCCGGAGGUCCUCUCGGCCACCGAGCUGAAGGUGCAGCUGGCGCAGAAGGAGCAGGAGCUGGCGCGAGCCAAGGAGGCUCUGCAGGCCAUGAAAGCCGACCGCAAGCGCUUGAAGGUGGAGAAGACAGACCUGGUGAGCCAGAUGCAGCAGCUCUACGCCACCCUGGAGAGCCGUGAGGAGCAGCUCCGAGACUUCAUCAGGAACUAUGAGCAGCACAGGAAAGAGAGCGAGGACGCGGUGAAAGCCCUGGCCAAGGAGAAGGACCUCCUGGAGCGGGAGAAGUGGGAGCUGCGGCGGCAAGCCAAGGAGGCUACCGACCACGCCAGCGCCCUCCGCUCCCAGCUCGACCUGAAAGACAACCGCAUGAAGGAGCUGGAGGCCGAGCUGGCCAUGGCCAAGCAGUCCCUGGCCACGCUGACCAAGGACGUCCCCAAGCGCCAUUCCUUGGCCAUGCCGGGCGAGACGGUGCUGAACGGCAACCAGGAGUGGGUGAUGCAGGCUGACCUCCCGCUGACCGCCGCCAUCCGGCAGAGCCAGCAGACCCUCUACCACUCCCACCCCCAGCACUCGGCGGACAGGCAAGCUGUCAGAGUGAGCCCCUGCCAUUCCCGGCAGCCCUCCAUCAUCUCCGACGCUUCGGCGGCCGAGGGCGACCGCUCCUCCACGCCCAGCGACAUCAACUCCCCGCGGCACCGAACGCACUCCCUCUGCAACGGGGACAGCCCUGGACCGGUACAGAAGAACUUGCACAACCCAAUUGUACAGUCUCUAGAAGACCUGGAAGACCAAAAACGGAAGAAGAAGAAAGAGAAGAUGGGCUUUGGCUCCAUCUCCAGGGUGUUCGCCCGGGGCAAGCAACGCAAAUCCCUCGACCCCGGCCUCUUCGACGGUACGGCCCCGGACUACUACAUCGAGGAGGACGCGGACUGGUGACCCCCUCCACCCCCCCGGGCGAUGCCACUGCUGUACAUAACCCUCCUUCCCCCAGCCCACCCCACCUGUGGACGUGUUACCUGUUGUCUUGGGAGCGAUGCAGUGUUGUCACUUCGGUUG